AUGAUUGGUCCCAAAAAUGUUUUUGAAAUCCCAAUUUCAGAAUAUAAGAAGCAUUCUAACGAGGAUCUGGAAUAUUUAGAUGAUUACUCAUCGAAAUCAUUACCAAAAGAUGAAUAAACAACAGCUAAAAUCAAUCAUCAUAAUUCCACAAAUAAUAUAAACCCUAAGAAAAAAGUCAGAUUCAAUAUGGAUAUAGUCCUAUGCAAAUUUAGUAAUAAUGAACCAGCCCUCACCAUAUCCAAAUAGACAAAGAAGCUCAUUUCAUCCAGUCCUAACUUGAAAUGGGUAAAUCCAACAUAUUAUAACUUAAAAAAAUAAUGA